AUGAGCGGUACUCCGGGAAAUGGGACUUCUACCGAUAUCGUUAUAGCCGAUAUGGAGAAGAAUAUGGCCGUAGUUGUGAAGGAAGAUUUCGAUGAGCCACCUCGUACCUCCAAUCUAAAAGCGCCAAAUCUUGAGUUGGUCGGACACAAAGACGCUGUCUAUACCGUGCGCUUUUCUCCGGAUGGGCAGCACCUAGCAACAGCGGGAAUGGACAAAAAUAUAUUUUUGUGGGAUGUGUAUGGAGAAUGUCAAAACUACGCUCUUUUGCAAGGACACAAGAAUGCAGUGCUGGAAGUCUCUUGGAACUUCGAUGGCACCGAAUUAUAUUCUGUGGGAGCAGAUAAGAUGGUAUGUGUCUGGGAUGCUGCUUAUGGUCAACUAAAACGCAAACUCAAGGGUCACACAUCGUUCGUAAACGGUGUAGAUGGUUCCAAGCAAGAUGACCAUCUCCUCAUCAGUUGUUCCGAUGAUGGAACCUGCAAGCUCUGGGACGCUCGCGAGCGCGAAGCUGUCAAAACGAUCGCCCACGACUUCCAAGUGACCUCAUGUUGUUUUAACGAAGAUUCCACGCAAAUAAUCACGGGAGGACUCGAUGGCAUAAUUCGAAUCUUCGAAGCAAACACGUUUACGCCUUCGAUCGUGCUUCCUCAGCUCUCCGAAAUGAUUACCGGCAUUCGAUUGGCUCCGGAUGGAGGCUAUCUAAUGAGCCAUUCGUUGGAUGCGUGUCUGCGUGUUUGGGAUAUAAACGCGUAUUUCGAGGGAUCGAAUCGCUGUCUGAAGUUGAUGAGAGGCCAUACGCAGGGAAACAGUGGAAACUUAUUGCGAUGCGCAUGGAGUCCGGAUUUGGCGAUGGCGACGUGCGGAAGUGGCGAUGGAUUCGUGUAUGUGUAUGAUACGACGACGUUAGGAAUCAAGUAUCGCUUGCCUGGACAUCGAAGCGUGGUGAAUGACGUGGAUUUCCAUCCCAUUGAGCCGAUUAUCUGCUCGGUGAGCAGCGAUCAUUCGGUAUUGCUGGGAGAAAUCUUGCCGUAAUAGAAAGAGAGAGAGAGAGAAGAGGGAAGUGGAUCGAUU